UCCUCAACACCGAAGAAGCCAACCAAACAAAAAACCAAUACCCAAAAAAUGCCAAUCCCAAUCUUGGACUCGCACAUCCAUCUCUUCCCAGCCACCCAUCUCCCAACACUAGCCUGGUACACCCCAGACAGUCCCCUCGGUGCACAACACAGCGUCGACGAAUACAAACACGCCUCUUCCACCCCAACAUCAACAGAAAAUAACGCAGACAAAUAUCUCCGCGGCUUCAUAUUUCUCGAAACAGAUCGCAUCUCCUCGACAGAAGAAAAUGACUCCUCAGGAUCAGGAUGGAAUCACGCCUUAGACGAAGUAUCUUUCCUCACGCGUAUCGCGUCCGGCCAUCCAGUUCCCGGAGAAGGCCAUAGCCCAGCUGACAAAGAUCUGUGCGUGGGUAUUGUACCUUGGGCACCUGUACCCGGCGGACGAGAUGUGUUGAGGAGAUACAUGGAUAUGGCUCGGGAGCGGACGGGGCCGGAUGUUUGGAGGAAGGUGUGUGGAGUGAGAUAUUUGGUUCAGGAUAAGCCCGCUGGUGUGAUGCUAGGUGAUAGUUUUGUGGAUGCGUUGCGCUGGUUGGGGGAGAAGGGGAUUGCGUUUGACCUUGGGGUUGAUGCGCGGCAGGGGGGAUUGGGUCAGUUGAGGGAGGCUGUGGAGAUGAUGGGGAGGGUUUAUGAUGGGGUUGGAGGGGAUGGAGUAACUAUUAUUAUAAAUCAUCUUUGCAAGCCCAAUCUCCGGAUUGGGGUUGACGAGUUUGAUACCCAUGAGGAGUGCUUGGAGUGGAGGGACAUGAUGGUGAAGAUGGCUUCUGCGAGUGACCGGACUUAUAUGAAGCUUUCUGGGGCGUUCUCGGAGCUUCCGCCGUUGAAUAGAGAGUCGGAGCCCGAUGUCAAUGACUUGGUCAAUCAUGUGAAGCCGUGGACGGAUGUGGUAUUCGACGCAUUUGGGCCCGAGCGUGUGAUGUUUGGCUCCGAUUGGCCAGUGUGUAAUGUUGGAGGCGGUGGAAAUGACGUCUCGUGGAACAGAUGGCGCAAAGUCGUUGAAGAGAUCCUGGUACGAAGAGGGCUUACAGAGGAGCAGAAACGAGGAGUAUGGGGAGAGGUAGCAAUCAAGGCUUACGGUGUUGAGCUUUAA